AUGAGAUUUGAAUCCUUUGUUCUUCUCUUUCUUAUUUUGUUGGCUUCUUCCACCAUCAAUCAAGUUAUAUCAGAUGAUUGGAGUCCCAUAGAAAACAUAAGUGAUCCUUACGUGAUUUCAACUGCCAAUUUCGCAGUAAUCCAGUACAACAAGCAAAAGGGAGAAACAUUGGAGUUUGAGAAACUUAUCAAGGGUGAAUCACAGGUUAUCAAGGAUAAAUCACAGGUUGUCAUUAAAACCUACUACCGUCUCACUCUUUCUGCCAAAAGCGGUUCAUCUUCUAACAACUAUGAAGCUGUUGUGUUGGAACAGCCAUUUGAGUACUUGAGGAACCUCACUUCCUUUAAACGCAUUUGA